AUGAAUGUGGCCUUGAUUAGAAAAUGGGAGUGGAGAUCGCUUGUGGAAAAGGAAGCGAUUUGGAGGGAUAUUAUAGUACCAGUAUAUGGUAACGUGAAGCUAAAGGUUCUAGUUGGGGAUAAUUCGGUGUUGGAAAAGAAAGAUUCAAUUUGGUGGAGAGAUUUAAUUUUAUCGGAUAAUUAUGAGAAUCUUCAAAACAAUCAUUUCGCGAGAGCUAUUGACUGUACGGUUGGGAAUGGAGAAAAUAUCCCUCUUUGGUACGCUUGUUGGUUAGGUCCGCAAACGUUAUUGGAGGCUUUUCCAGAGUUGUUCCGUUAUGCAGAAAAUCAUUUGGCUGUUGUUAGUUGUGCUGGUAGUGUGCGUGAUGGCAAGUGGGAAUGGAGUGUGGAUAAUUUGGUGUCUGUUCUGGAUUAUCGUGGCAGUAGUGAGGACGGAUUUGUGUGGAACCUAUGCGCGGAUGGAGCCUUCACUGUUAGCUCCUGCUAUGACCGGUUCAAGGAGAAGCUAUCCGGGCCUCCUUUAAAUCAAGCGACGGUUUCAGCUCUGGAUUACCUUUGGAAAACAAAAUCUCCCUCGAAAAUUUUGUUUUUCGGGUGGCGUUUGAUUCUUGAAAAAUUGGCCACAAAAGAUCAAUUGGCAAGAAGAGGCAUUUUAGUAGAGGGUAUUGAGACCAUAUGUGUGUUUUUCCAAUCGGAGGAGGAAACCUUAGUUCACUUAUUUGCGGGUUGCUCGAUUACUAAAGGAAUUUGGCGGAAAGUCUUUGGGUGGACGGAUCUUGGUUCCACAAUGUCUUUGGGAGGAUUUCGUGAUUUUUUUUUCCACAAUUGUAGCAAGAUAAAGUGUGCAAACAAAAGGUCUAUAGGGGCGGUGAUUUGGCUAUCCAUGGUGUGGAACUUGUGGCUCAAGCGUAACGCGUUGGUUUUCAAAAGUGAAUCUUUUAGCUUCACCGAUUGUAUGACGGAGAUAGUUUUCAACUCCUGGAGGUGGCUUAACUCGUUUUAUAAACGGGUGGAUUAUUGUAAUUUUUAUUGGUGGAAUAUCCUUCCGCUCUCUUGUUUUGAGGCUUAG